GUAUCUAACCCUUCUCAGGAGAAUGCUCUACGAAAGUACCAUCAAUCGGGCAAAAAAUCAUCUACUAAGCCAAUCAGCAAACUGCAAUUUCGGGCAUCCAUGCUUCGAGGUAGUGCCUUGCCUUUGAACAAAAGAAUCCCUUUAUCAUAUACAGGAUCGUAUAGGAGAGCACGUUCACCAGCAGAUAAUAGGAAAACUGAGUCAACUAAAUCAAAUACUCAACCAGUAUACGGUGCAGAUAAAUCAAAAUCCAUAAGCAUAGAACGUACAACUGAGAGUACAAAUGAAGAACCCAACUCCACAACACAGUACACCAGUAUUCCAUCAUCUUUGUCAUCGUUAACUAAAACAUCAGCGAAGUCCACCGAAAGUCCAGUAGGGACAUCGAUAAUUCAAACAGAACCAUUGUCAGAAUACCCCGAAAAAUAUAUUCCCAGCAAUCCAACUCGAUCCGAGCCUGCAAUGGAUUCAAAUGAAAAACAUGACCAGACAUCUUCCACCCCAGUGUCAAUGAUUACCCCAUCCAAUCUCCCGCCUAGUACUUCUUCAGAUACUCCGUCAAUUCCCGAAACUAUGCCAAAGUCCACGGAAAGUAGAGAUGGGGCAUUAACUAAUCAAACAGAAAUGUUAUCAGAAACUCAGGGGCAGAAUACUCCCAGUAUACCCACACAAUCCGAACAUCCAAUGGAGACCGAGCAAUAUGAUCAGACAUCCACUUCCAUCCCAUUGUCAACGAUAGCCCAAAACAAUAUACUGCCCAGUACUUCGUCAGAUACACCAUCGAUAGCAGAAACUUCAGCAAGGACUGCCGGAAGUCCAAAUCUGACAUCCACUGCCCAAACAGAACGAACGACUAUUUUAUCUGAACCACCAGGAAAAGUCACUUUCGCUUCACUUGAGAAAUCUUUGAUAAAUGAGCCUUCAACAAUUUAUUCAUUGGUGUCCACAUACGGAUCUUCUUCAGCCUCUGGCACGAUGUCUGAACCUUUCGGGGAAUCCACAGAAAUACCAGAUCUUGAUUCGGUUUUCGAGACACAACCUACGAUGCAGUCAAUGGAAUCUCCUGCCAGCAAUCCGACGGAUACACCAUCGAUAAAGGAGCCUUCACCUAUUUAUUCAUCCGAAUCCACAGACGAAUAUCCUUCAGACACAGGCAUGAUGUCUGAACUAUUCGGGGAAUCCACAGAAAGACCAGAUUUUGCUUCGGUUUUCGAGACACAACCUACGAUACAGUCGACAGAAUCUCCUGCUAGCAAUCCGACGGAUACACCAUCGAUAAAUGAGCCUUCACCUAUUUAUUCAUCCGAAUCCACAAACGAAUAUCCUUCAGGCACAGGCAUGAUGCUCACCAUCGUCAAGCAAAACUUCAAUGAAAUCCACAGAAAGUCCAGUUCUGAAAUCCACUUUUAG